UCCACUAUGCCUCGGAAGCAGAGUGGUGGUGAUUCAUCAUCUAAGAAUAGUAGGAAGGGUAGUAGGGCUUCAUCAUUGGAUAAGUCGGAGAAUGGUCCUAAUAGUGGGGGCCUUGGGGCUGUCUUUGCAGCUGCAGUACCCCCAGGUCAACAGGAUACUCAUGCCUUUACUGAAGAUUUUCCGACCUUCGAUGAGCCAGCUCUACCAGCUGCCCCUCAUCCACGUAAGGGGUCCUCAGGCAGGGCAGCUGCCCCUAGGUCUGCUGCUAGUGCUACUACAGCGGCUAAUAAUGCUGGGGUAACUCCUAGUGGGUCUAAGGGUCAUCAGACACCACAGAGUGAUAAGGAGGUACCCCCUAGUAGUGUGAAGUCUGAUACGACCACUCAGAAUGGUGGAACUAAUACUGGUGACGACUUUGAGGGGUUAGUUGGUGAUCUAAGGAGGACCUUUAUCGGCUGGUUAAAGAAGACAGAGUUAGAGUUGGUGCGACAAAGAGAGGAUAUACAAUCAAGUCGACAGGACUUCGAGGAUGAGAAGAAGAGGGUUUGGGAACAGUUUGUCCAAGAGCGACAACGUGAGGCUACCAAACAGGAGGAGGAUCGUCGUAGGGCUGAUCUAGAGAUGCAGAAUCAGCUAACACAGGUAGAGAUAGAGCGGUCGGAUGCUCGGAAGAAGAUGGCAGAUGAGCGUUCACGGUUCGAGUCAGAGAAGGAGGAGGCCAUGCAGGCCCUAUCGGUGCAAGAGGACGCCUAUAACAGGGAUAAGACUACCUUCGAUACUGACCGUACCCGUAUAGUCGACCAUAGCAUGGCCAAUGAGAGUAUGGUAGCCCUCAAUGUUGGUGGGACUACCUUCGAAACCUCUCGCAAGACUCUAUGCCAACAGAAAGGAUCCUUCCUAGAGGCAUUGUUGUCAGGACGAUAUGAAGUACCAAAGGAUGCCGAGGGCAGAGUAUUCCUCGAUAGGGACCCCCAAGUCUUCGGUGAAAUCCUUGACUUUUUAAGGAAUCCUAUGUCCCCUCCCUGUCCCCGUGAUACUACUGAGUCGAUGCUCUUGGCUCGAGAGGCUCAAUACUAUGGGAUACACUUCUUCCCCUUCCCUCUUGUUUUCGCCCUUGGAGGCAACUCUGGUCAGAACUUAGACUACAAGGCGUUGAAUGAGACAGAGGUGUAUGAUACAUUACGGGACACUUGGAUGCUAGGGGGUGAUGGGGGGAAAGGGGCCUCGCUUAAUAUACCGAGGAGGAACUGUGCUGGGGUCUCGUCGGAGAAGGAUGGUAGGAUGUUCGCUGUUGGAGGAUUUGAUGGUACACAGAUCCUAUCUAGUGUUGAGGCGUUCGAUCCCCGCAUGCGGAAUUGGAUGGAGCUCGCACCACUCUCUACUCCUAGAUCUAGCUGUGCGGCCGUAUCUACUGCUGAAGGGAAUAUCUGGGCCAUUGGAGGCACAUCUGGAUCACGGCUCAGGAGCGUCGAGAUUUACGAUGUACGAGCCAACAAGUGGAUGCCGGCUCAAGGAUGUGACCUUAUAGAGGAGAGAUCAGCUGCAGCUGCCGUCACCUAUCUCGGCAAUGUCUACGUAUUUGGUGGUAUAGAUAAUGAACAGAAUAUCCAUUCUACGGUCGAGUCCUUACGAGUAGCUGAUCUUACUAAAGGAUGGUCAUUUAGAGCCAAGCAUGCGACUAACCGUAUGGACUGUGCCGCUGCAGUGUAUGGAGAUAACAUCCUAUUGGGAGGUGGUCAGAAUGGGGAAGUUCAAACCUCGGUAGAGACAUAUAAUCCAGUUUCGGAUACCUGGAUGCCUGCUCCCCCUAUGCUCUUCCCAAGGUACGGGCACCAGUACGCUGUCGUUAACCUUUAG